UCUUGGAUUUGGUUUGUUGUCUUUUCCGAUGAGAGCUUUGUUUAUGGACCCUUGUAAUUUUGUUAAUUAUGGCAGACCCGAAAGACUGUCCCUUACAGUUUUCUGAAUUUAAAGAAGUAGAUCAUCGUAAAACAUGUCCAAGAUAUUCUUCUGUUCUGGAAAGGUCAGAAGAUGAAGGUAUUGUCCCGGAAGAGAUUGACACGCUGCAGCUUGAGCUAGAGACUCUCCUGGCGGCAGUAAGCCUUCGUAUGCAACAACUACACACAGAGUCUCAAGUGCUGCAAGACUGGCAGGAUAAAAAAGAUGGCAAGAAAAACCCAAAACCAGUCAGUAAGGAAGAGGCCAGCCCUUCUGGAAAGCGUGGUAGGGUUGAUGAAAGGUUAGAGAAACCGUCCAAAAAAGCCAAGGAAUCAGGCAAACCUGGAGCCACUGCACCAUCUGGCCCUGGUCGACCCAAGGCUAAGAAUAUGCAGCAAAAAUUACAAGAGUAUGAAUUUAUAGAUGAUGCACCUGAAAUCCCACGAAUCCCACGCAACGAUGUUCCGGACAGAUUCUGGGCAUCAGUAGAGCCGUACUGCGGUGACAUCACCUCAGAGAAUAUGAAGACACUAGAUGAGUUAAUACAAGCCCACGAAAAUGAUGCCGAGUACUUCAAAGUGCCCCCUCUUGGCAGGCAUUAUUCAACCCGAUGGGCACAAGAAGAUCUAUUAGAAGAACAGAAAGAAGGUGGACGUAUUGGGGAGAAAAAGAAAGGUUUGUCUGGCAACUCUGCAGCAUCACAAGGCAAAGAAGUAAAAAGUAUGUUGAAGAGGGCUGAAGCUUUACGAGAGCGGGAAAGUGAAGUGUGUCCAUUUGGACCACUGACGCAACGGUUAAUAUCAGCCCUUGUAGACGAAAACAUUAUGAUGCCAAUUGAAGAUAUUAUAAUGGAAUCCAAUAAGGUUGAAACACCAGUAGAAGCAAAGGAGUCACCAAAAAUAAAUAGCAGACCCUUUUCCGUACCCCACACGAGGGCGCUAGAAGCACGAAUUAGGGAAGAGCUGUUCAAUCAGGGUCUUCUAGACUUCGAUGAAAAAGCAUCUGAUGGCGAGGAAGAUGAGGUGUUAGCGGAACUGCAGAAGCGCCAAGCAGAGUUGCGUGCACUCUGUGAUCGCAACCAAACCCAGAAACAGCGUCUUUACAAACUUGCCAAAGAUCAAAUAAAACGGCAAGAGCUGAGGCAGAAGAUGAGGGGAGCUGACAAUGAGGUUUUAGAGUGCUUCAGAAGGCUUAUGGCUGCCAGGCAGAAAAAACGAUCACCAACAAAAAAGGAGCGCGACCAAGCAGCCAGAGCAUUAAGGGACCGAGAUGCCGCUGUCCGUCAACUCGAGGCCUUAGGCCCUGAAUUAUAUUCCUGUUAGAAAUGCUUGGCAAUAGAGACUAGUUAUAUAUGGCUCUAUGGGGUUAAAGGUUAGCCACUUGCCUGAUCAUUUUUAAGGUGUGCUAUUAUAUAUUUAUUAGCAAUGUUUCAUGGAUGAGAAAUACGAUGAGAAAACUCCCUCACACUUUAAAAUAUAACAAGUACGCAAGUCCUUUUCAAAAUAAGAAAUACAAAACAGUUGGAAAUUUUAUGGCAGGUUUUUAUUGCGUUCACUCUGUUAUGUACACGGCAAGAAUAUGAGAGGUAUAAGACAUCCUAUUUUAAAGUAUGAGGAUUCACAUAUCCUCAAAAUGUCUUUAAUUGCACAAUUCUUAAAAGUUUUCCUAUUUUAACUUGCAAUUAUCAACAUUUAUAUGCAGGGUGCUUGCAGGCAUACCUUUCAGAAAUCUUUUUUUAAAUAAAGAUUCUGUAACAACAAUUUUAACUCUCAAUGGUCUCAUAUCAAGAUAUACACUGAGGAGGACCCUCAAAAUGCCACUAAACACCACUGACCAAAUUAUUAUUCUAGUAAACCAAGCAUAAAUAGGCCGUCACCUCAUUGAAUACGAUAUAAAUUGAAAUUAAAAGCACUGAAGAUGGUAAGAUAUUAUUUGAAUCUGGCAAUUUAAAAGUAUCAUUUCAAUUCUCUGUACAUAUUUUGUAUAUUAAAACAUUUGUAGAAAUUUACUAGAUGAAGAAA